CGCGGCGGCGGGGCGGCCCGAGAGAGAGGGCGAGGGCGAGGGCGAAGGCGAAGGCGAGGGCGGGGGCAGGGGCGGCGGGCGGCCCGCGGCUGAGGAGGCCACCGCCUCCCUGGGCCUGCCGGGGCGGCCGCCUCCGCGAUGCCGCUGCUCGUGGAGGGGCGGCGAGUGAGGCUGCCGCAGUCCGCUGGGGACCUCGUCCGAGCCCACCCGCUUCUGGAGGAAAGAGCCAGACUUCUCAGAGGUCAGUCUGUUCAACAAGUGGGACCCCAGGGCCUUCUGUAUGUUCAGCAAAGAGAGCUUGCAGUGACCUCCCCAAAGGAUGGCUCCAUCUCCAUUCUGGGUUCUGAUGAUGCCACCACUUGUCACAUUGUGGUCCUGAGGCACACAGGUAAUGGGGCUACCUGCUUGACACAUUGUGACGGAACUGACACCAAAGCUGAGGUCCCCUUGAUCAUGAACUCCAUAAAAUCCUUUUCCGGCCACACUCAAUGUGGAAGGCUGGAAGUGCACCUCGUGGGCGGCUUCAGUGAUGACAGGCAGUUGUCACAAAAACUGACUCAUCAGCUUCUUAGUGAAUUUGACAGACAGGAAGAUGACAUUCACUUGGUGACAUUAUGUGUGACAGAAUUAAAUGACCGGGAAGAAAAUGAAAACCACUUUCCAGUAAUUUAUGGCAUUGCUGUCAACAUCAAAACCUCGGAGAUCUACAGAGCCUCCUUCCAAGACCGAGGUCCAGAGGAGGAGCUACGUGCCGCACGAGCUUUAACAGGAGGACCACUCAAGACCCCAGUUCUCUGCCGUGAAGAUGUUGGGGAGGUAUGUGAACACCCAGCACCCAGAUCCAAAGAGAACGAGCCCCUUUUACUUUGUAAGGACUUUACCAGUGAAGCUGCUGCAGAGAAAGGCGAGCUAAGGGGGAAGAAGAGCCUUCUCCCCUCUGCACCUCAGGAUCACACUCUCCUCCGGACCAAGUAACUGAAGACCAGUUUGCUGGGAUGAAUUGAUUAACCCCCAAAAUAAUCAAAUCACUUUAAGAGUCUGAUUGCUUUAGGGUGCUUUUUAAUUAAGUAACACCUUCAUUUUAAAAGUUAGAAAAAUAAAAACCUAAGACUUACACAUUGAGGAAUGGGUGAAAGAAUCCUUUUAAAAUGCUUAAAGUGAAAAAACUAGAAAUCGCAUUCAGAGCACCCAAAAGAAAUCUGCUCACUUAUGAAAUACUGCCACUUUCAUUGGAAAUGUCUGGAUUCAAUGGUCUGUUCUGACAACCCUUUGACAUUGUUAGGGUUCCUUUUGCAGCCUCUCAAGUAGCAUAACAGCCUUGAUUUAGCUAAGAUUCAGGACAUAUUUCAGUCUCAGUAACCAAAAUUGAACAUUGCUGGUGAAGCUGAAAACUACCAUUGGCACAUUUGAGAAUUCAGGGAAUUGAUCAUUUGGCAAAUUAACAUUUUUACAAAUUGGUUUUCCCCUUCUUCUGAUGGGGCAAUGGCAUGUGUACUUUUAAGUUUCAAGGUUACUCGGGGUGUGAAUAAUGAGGCAGUGUUUCAUGUAGCAUUGAGGAGUGUGGACUUCAGUCAGACACACCUGGGUCUGGGCCUGGCCCUAACUCUUAUGGACAUGUGACCAUGGGCAACGGGCCCGUCUCUCUGAGCCUCGGGUUUCCAACCAAAAUGGGAAAAAUGCCAUCUUCCUGCAGGACUGUUGUCAGAACUAAACAAAGUAAUGUCUGUUUCCCACAAAGUGUAGUACCAGAGAGGUGGAAAGUAUUCAGUAAGUAGCAGCUUCUGUUACUUAUGAGACAAAAAUUGAAAGAAGCUUAUCAUCCAGACAAAUGCCUUAAUUUCAAGACUACACUGGAGCUUGCAUUAAAGGUAGGGUUUAAGCUGAUAACAUUCCUUAAAUUC